GCAGUACUAUACAAUGACCGAUCUGUUCUGGAGAACCAUCAUGCAGCUGCUGCUUGGAAUCUAUUUCUGUCAAGGCCAGAAUAUAAUUUCUUAGUCAACUUAGAUCACAUGGAAUUUAAGCGUUUCCGAUUUCUUGUGAUAGAAGCUAUUCUCGCCACAGAUCUGAAGAAGCACUUUGAUUUUCUAGCAGAAUUUAAUGCAAAGGUGAAUGAGGAGGUGGGCCCUGGAAUUGAUUGGUCGAAUGAGAAUGAUCGCUUACUUGUGUGCCAAAUGUGUAUUAAACUGGCAGACAUCAAUGGGCCGGCCAAGUGCAAAGAUUUACAUUUGAAAUGGACAGAAGGAAUCGUGAAUGAGUUCUAUGAACAG